AUGCAUCACCUCUUCGGGCUGGUGUUGGCACAGAAGGACCUGUCCCGGGCAGGGGACCUCUUCUCCCUGGAGGAUGCUGAGAUCGAAGGAAGCCUCUCUGAAGCUCUUGAACAGAUCAGAAUCAUUAGUUCAGCUGCAGACUACCAGACCAACGACAACGACCAGGCUGUGGUGGAGAUCUGCAUCACCCGCAUCACCACGGCCAUCAGGGAGACUGCCUCCAUCGACAGGCACGGCAGGGCCCUGGUGGCUCUCUGGGAGUCCUGCCUGGAGCACAACCUGACGCCCUCUGGCAAGGAUGAGGAUGCCCCACAUGCCAAAAUUGCAUCUGACAUCAUGAGCUGUAUCCUGCAGAAUUACAACCGGCCUCCAGUGAUGGCCUUGGCUGUGCCAGUGGCAGUGAAGUUCCUGCAGAGGGGCAACAAGGAGCUGUGCAGGAACAUGUCCAGCUACCUGUCCUUGGCUGCCAUUGCCAAGGCUGAGCUGCUGGCUGAGCACACAGAAACCAUCGUCAGGAGUGUCCUGCAAGGGAACUGGAUGCUGCUGCGGGUGCUGCCCACGCUCUAUGAGAAGCAGCCGCGGCCGAUCCGCGCCCGCCUGCCCGAGCUGGUGGCGCCCAUGGCCCAGCUGGACCCGCCCGAGCAGCUCCACCUCCUCAGGCUCCUGCACACCGUGGCCAGGAAGAGAGAACUGGGGGUGCUGAGAGAGUGUUUGCCAUUUUUAUUUGCACACCUGAGGGACCCCAACCACAGCGAGGUGAUUCUAAACAUCCUUCUGGAAAUAUCCAGCUAUGAACCUGCAGCCUUGGCCCCUUUUCUUCCCACACUGAGGGAAGUUGGGGAGAGUUUUCCCAGUUUGAUUGGGCAGACAGCAAAAAUCUUUGGAGCUGUUGGACAUCUUGAUGAGGAGCGAGCCAGAACCUCCUUGCUGUAUCUGGUGAACCAGCUGGCCAACAUGGAGCACUCCUUUCACCACCUCCUGCUGCUGGAGAUCAAGAGCCUCACCGACAGCUUCUCGAGCAUCCUGGGCUCCCAGAGCAGGGACAUUUACCGCAUGAGCAACAGCUUCUCUGCCAUCGCCAGGCUGCUGGCGCGGCAGCUCGGCGCCGACGGCGCGGCCGCCAGCAGGAGGAGGCUGCACAAAGAGGCAGAAUGUCCUGUACCACUGGAUGAUUUAAAAUCUGUCGUGAACGGCACUGAAGAAGAUGAAAAGCUGCAAGUUAAAAUCCAGGCUUUUGAAGAGAAAAUAAAUGUGGACAACAGCACCCCCGGCUCAGUGAGGAGAUACAGCCUGGGCCAGGUCUCUAAAGAAGAAAGGAAGGAUAUGAGGUUUAACAGGUCCAAGAGCCUGGCCCUGCACACACUCAGGGUGAAGGGGCUGAGCUCAGAGGGAGGGACAGACGAGGACGGUGGGGACAUCCCUGCUGGCAUCUCCUUCUCCGAGCUGUGCCUCAGCCAGGAGCACCAGCAGGAGCCUUUUGGGGUGCAGCCUGAGGCAGGGCACCUGGGGAGCUGCCUGCUUUCACACCAGAGUGCUGAUCACCCCCAGGCAGGCAGCCUGCCAGAGCUGACCCCAGAACAGGCCCUGGAGGGAAGGGCAGAGGCAGCCACGGGCCCUGUGGAGCACCAGGACAAGCUGUACCUGCACCUGAAGGAGAACCUGGGCAAGGUCAAGGAGUUUGUGAUGGAGAUGGGGAGGAGGAUUCCCAUCCCUGAGCAGUGUGUGAUCGAAGAUACUGGUCAAAGCUGUGUGGCAAAGCUGUUCUUCAGCUGUCCCCUGAAGGGCCACUACUGCCUGUACAGCAAAUCCAGCUUCACCCUGGUGAGCCAGCAGCCUCCCCUCUGGAUCCACAUCAUGUUCCUCUUCCAGCAGAGCCUGUUUGCAGAACCUUUGUCCACCCAAAGCAGCUCUGUGCAAGUCCUCAAGGCGCUGUGGGAGAAGACACAGCUCAAGGGCACACACAGCUUUGAGGCUGCCAUGAUCCAGUCCACCUUCCCUCACCAGAAGGAUCUGGAGAAUGUUCAGAUGCACCUGGAGGAGGUGAGGUUCUUUGAUUUGUUUGGCUACAGCGAGGAGGCAGGAGCCUGGCAGUGCUUCAUGUGCAACAACCCCGAGAAGGCAACAGGCGUGAACCAGGACGGGCAGCCCCUGAUGGAGGGCAAGCUGAAGGAGAAGCAGGUCCGCUGGAAGUUCAUCAAGAGGUGGAAAACGCGCUACUUCACCCUGGCUGGCAACCAGCUGCUGUUCCGCAGGGGCAAAUCCAAGGACGACCCUGACGAGUGUCCCAUCGAGCUGAGCAAGGUGCAGAGCGUGAAGGUGCUGCCCAAGAAGCGGCGGGACCGGAGCCUGCCCCGCGCCUUCGAGAUCUUCACGGACAGCAGGAGCUACGUGCUCAAGGCCAAGGACGAGAAGAACGCUGAGCAGUGGCUGCAGUGCCUCAACGUGGCCGUGGCCCAGGCCCGCCAGCGCCACAGCCGCGAGGCCACCACCUACCUGUGA